AUGCUUGCUGUGCACUUGGUGUCUUUUUACUUUGCCAAGCUCAAGGAGGACCAGAUUAAGAAGGUUGACCGCUUCUUGUAUGGCAUGCGGCUCUCGGAUGAACAGCUGAAAGACAUCAUGGUGCGUUUCCGAAGAGAGAUGGAGAAGGGUCUGAACAGUGAAACCAACCUCACCUCCACCCUUAAGAUGUUGCCCACACACGUCAGGUCCACACCAGACAGGUCAGAGAAGGGCGAGUUUCUGGCUCUGGAUCUCGGAGGCUCCAAAUUCAAGGUGCUGCAGGUGAAGGUUUCUGAAGAUGAGAAGCAAAACGUGCAGAUGGACAGCCAGGUGUACCCCAUGCCAGAGGAGGUCAUGAGUGGCAAAGGCAGCGACCUCUUCCUUCAUGUGGCCGAAUGUCUGAAAGACUUCAUGCAGAAGAGGCAGAUCCAUAAGAAGCAGCAGCCCCUGGGGUUCACCUUCGCGUUCCCGUGCAGACAAAACAACCUGGUAGAUGGUGAGCUGAUAUCCUGGACCAAGAAUUAUAAAGCGAGGGGAGUACAAGGAACCAGUGUGGUUGACGCUCUGCAGAAAGCGGUCCAAAAGGUUGGGGGCAUUGAUGUUGACGUCCUGGCUGUGGUCAAUGACACGGUGGCGACGAUGAUGACGUGUGGAUAUGACGAUCAGUACUGUGAGGUCGGAGUCAUUGUGGGUACUGGCACUAACGCCUGCUACAUGGAGGAGCUGCGGCACAUUGACCUGGUGGAGGGGGACGAGGGGCGCAUGUGCAUUAACACCGAGUGGGGAGCGUUUGGAGAUGAUGGGUCGCUUGAAGACUUCUGCACCGAGUUUGACCGAGACAUUGAUUUGGCCUCCAUUAACCCUGGGAAGCAGCUGUUUGAGAAGAUGAUCUCAGGUUUGUACAUGGGCGAGCUGGUGAGGAUCAUCCUGGUUAAGAUGGCCAAGAAGGGCCUGCUCUUCAAAGGCAGGAUCUCAGACAGUCUCACCAAAGGCAAACUGAAGACAGCAGACGUGUCUGAAAUGGAGAAGUACAAGGAAGGAUUGAGCAAUACCAAGCAAAUCUUGACCAAACUUGACCUUGACCCUUCAGAAGACGACUGCAUUGCUGUCCAGCACGUCUGCACCAUUGUUUCAUUCCGGUCUGCCAAUUUGUGUGCCGCAGCACUGGCAGCCAUUCUGACCCGAAUCGAAAACAAGAAGGUGAAACGGCUCAGGACAACUGUUGGCAUGGAUGGCACUGUCUAUAAGACACACCCACAGUUUGCCAAGCGCCUGCACAAGGUAGUAAGACGACUGGCGCCCGACUGUGACGUCCGCUUUCUGCUCUCCGAAAGCGGCAGUGCAAAGGGUGCCGCCAUGGUGACUGCUGUGGCCUACAGGCUGGUGUCUAAGCGGCUGGCGAUAGACGAGACUCUCGCUCCCUUUAAGCUGAACCAACAGCAACUGCAAAUGGUGAAGCAGAAGAUGAAUGUGGAACUCGAGUGUGGACUCAAAAAGGAUACACAUCACACUGCUUCAGUGAAGAUGCUCCCAUCGUACGUGCGGGGUACGCCUGAUGGAACAGAAAGGGGUAAUUUUCUGGCUCUGGACCUUGGCGGAACCAACUUUCGUGUUCUGGUAGUCAAAAUUCGCAGUGGCUUAAGGAAAUCAGCACGGAUGUACAACAAGAUCUAUGCAAUUCCUUUGGAGAUCAUGCAGGGCACAGGUGAAGAGCUUUUCGAUCACAUCGUCCAAUGUAUCUCAGACUUCUUGGACUAUAUGGGAAUGAAAAACACCCGGCUACCUCUUGGAUUUACAUUUUCUUUCCCUUGCCGACAGACUGGGAUAGACAAG